AUGGCUGAGCUGUUUAGAACAAGAGGAGUGGUGGAGAGGAUAGCCAUACACUUAUCCAUCCCAGAUUAUCUCAGUUUAGCUUCGGUUUCAAAUUUCACGGCAAAGACACUUGGUGAAUCAAUUGACGAUGGUUAUUUUAAAGAUAGAUUGAAAAGAGUAUUGAUAUUGAUCAAUCCAAAACAUAGUGAUGAUGACUUGCUGGCAGAUCAUCAUCCUACUAAUGUAUUUGACUCUAUCAAAACUUCAAAUCACCCAAAAAAAACUGUACUGUUGAUCUAUAGACAAUUGAAAACUUUCAUAUUAAAGAUAAGAAAUCUUGAAGAAUUAGAUAUUGAUGAUUAUGAAUUAUCUGAAUUGUUUGGUUAUGGAUAUCAAACAAUUGAUCAGGCUAAAAUUUUACAAAAUAUUGCCAAAUUUAUUGAAAUGGAUAAUAAUGAUGAAUUGUUUUAUAAUAAUCAACGGGAUAAAAUAAGGAAAUUGAUUAAAAAUUUUACAAAAUUAAGAUUUGAAGAAAUGCAAGAACAAUUUAUAUUGGAAAAUUAUGAUAAUGCUUAUGAAUUAGUUAAUGUCUUAACCACACUAGGUGAAAUGGAUUUAAUUGUUGAAUUUUUCCAACAAGAAUAUAAAUUCCCAAUAGAUUUUUUCCCACAAACAAUAUUAGAUUUACAACAAAAUUUAAUUCAAGAUUCAUUAAAUGAUGUUAUAAAUGAUCUUGUUCAAUUUUUCAACGAUAAAAUUAAGAUAAUUGAUCAAGCUUUUGGUGAAAAUUUACCAAUAAUGUUGAUAUAUUCAGAAAAUAUCAUAAAUAAAGAUGUUAUAAAUGGAUUUUUCAAAAAAGAAUGUGAACAAAACAUUGAAGUUAUUCCACAAAUUUAUCUAUCAUUAUUAAAUUCAUUCAUACCAAAUUUAAUUGAUUCUCGUAAUGCAGGUGGGAAUUUCAAAUCAAUUUUGAUAAAUUUUAUAAAUCUUUAUUUUGAACCACUUGUGGUGAAAUUUCUUAAUGAAGAAAUUAAAUCAUUUGAAGAUGAAUCAAUAAAUGAUAUUCAAUUUUUCGAAAAUGAAUUAAAACAACAAGAUAAAUUAGAUGAGGAUCAUAUAUAUAAAAAUAUAAUGACUGAAUUUAAUACAGAAGAUGCACAAAAUAAAAAAUUUGAAUUAUUAUCAAGUUUUACCAAAAUUUUCUCCAAAGCAAAUAAAGAUUCAAAUGAAAUUAAAUUUAAAUUAAAUUUUGAAAUUAUAAAUAAGAAUUUGAAAAACUUGAAAAAUUUUAUAAAUUUUGAACUUUGUUAUAAAAUUAUUGAAAAAGCUAAAUCAAAGAUUGAAAUUUUUCAAAUUUUUAAUAAUUCAAAACAUUCAAUUGUGGAUCAAUCAAAAAUAAAUAAUUUAAUUGAAGAUUUAUUUAUUAAAUUAGUUUCACUAAUAUCAAAAUAUCAUAUAAAACCAGGUUUUACCAAAGCUAUGGAUUUUUUAAAUAGAUAUGAUCCUACAGAAUUCAAAUCAUUAGAAAGUAUAGAAACUUCAACAACAGUAGAACCAUUAAUAAAAUUUACAGAAUUAAUAAAUAUAGGAGAUUUAAUUCAACAAAUGAUUGAUAUUUUUUAUAAUAAUGAAUUAGUUCAAAAAAAAAUUUUAUCAAAAGAUGAAUUUUUAAAUAAUUCAAAUCAAACAAAAAAACAAUUUGAAGUUCAAUUAGAUAAUUUCGUGGCAAAUGGUUUAAAUAUUGGUAUUGAUAAAUUAAUGGCAGAAAUUGAAUUUUUAUAUAAUACAAUACAAUUACCAAAUGAUUUUAAUCCUAAACCAUCAACUAGUUCAAGUUCAACAACAACUCAUGAUAAUGAACCAAUAAUUUCAGUGGGACCAACAAAAUGUGCACAAAAAGUUGUUAAUUUAUUAUCAAAUCAUAUAAAUUUAUUAAAUGGUUCUACAGAAAUGGGUAUAAUUGAUGUUUUCCAACAAGAAAUUGGUGAAAGAUUUUUCCAAAUUAUAGUUAAAAAUAUUAAAAAACGAAUAAUUUCCACAUCAGGUUCAAUAAUUUUAAUAAGUGAUUUAAAUUUAUAUUAUGAUUUUAUUAUAAAUACAUUAAAACAAAAAAAUAUAACACCAUUAUUUAUUGGUCUAAAGGAAAUUGGUCAAUUAUAUUUAGUUAGUACUCAAGAUUCAAAAGAAUUAGGUAAAUUAAUUGGUGAUUUAAGUAAAUUUAAUGGAAUUUUUAGACAAGAGGAAAUUUAUGAUUUUGUUCAAAAAAGAGCUGAUUGGUUUAAAGUUAAAAAAGAUGUUGAAAAAGCAAUGUAUGGAUUAGGUAUAACUGAUUGUGUUAUUGUUUAA